AUGCCUGCCUGCUGUGUCUCCAGCGAUCUGACCACCCCCGCCGCCGCCUCGCCCAUCCCAUCUCACCUGCUUGGCCCUGCCGGGUUUCUUGCCCUUCCCAGCUACGCCCGGUUCCCGGACCGGCGGUCGCCCAUCCCCCUGUGGGCCAGCAACCUGGAGCGCCCGCUGACGGCUGAUCUGCCGGCCGGCGCCUUCGUGCAGCCCGGCCCCCGGGUGCCGCCCUGCGACCGGUGCGGCGGCGCGCGGACCUUCGAGUUCCAGGUCAUGCCGCAACUCCUGGCCUUCAUGGAGGUCGACCACACCCGGGUGGACUCCAUCGACUGGGGCACCCUGCUGGUGUACAGUUGCGAGGGGUCCUGCGAGCUGGGGGCGCCCUCUUCCUCUUCCUCCGGCCCGGGGGCGUCCGACGGCCCGAAGGGCUCGCGGUAUGCUCGCGAGGUGGUCUGCCGGCAGCUAUUCACCUCCGACGGCCUGGCCAACGACCUGACCGUCAGCGGGGCCCGGUUCCCCCGGGCCGCGGCGGCGUCCUCCUCGGCCACCAUCACCGAACUUGAUUGA